AUGCACUUCAAGUUGAUAGCCUCGUCGUGGGUCUCGCUUGCCCUCUUGGCUGCCGUUCAGGCUGCUUCGCAGACAUGCGACAUUUUGAGGUCCCAGCAGGCUGGCAUGCGUUGCCUGUUGAAGAAUGAUGGCAACUACAACACGGAGCAAGACCACUACUGGUCCACGGGCUGUGGCGCUCUCAAACCAGCCUGCAUCCUGAAGCCAAAGAACGCGCAGGAGGUGUCGGUUAUCAUGCAGACUUUGCAGGCAAACAACGAGACGUUUGCCGUCAAGUCGGGCGGCCACAACCCAAACAACUACUUUGCAAGCGUCCAAGGCGGCCCUCUCAUCUCGACCACGGACCUGAACCCUGAGGUCACAUACAAUGCCGAGGACAACACCGUCACCGUCGGCCCGGGAAACCGAUGGGACGACGUCAUGAAGGCCCUCGACGGCAAGAACAUCACCGUCGUCGGCGGCCGCGUCGGCAACGUGGGCGUCGGUGGCUACCUCCUCGGCGGCGGUCUCGGCUUCCUCAGCGCACAGUACGGCUGGGCGGCCAACUCUAUCGUCGAGGCCGAGGUGGUGCUGGCCAACGGCACUAUCGUCACGGCCUCAGAGACGGCCAACCCGCAGCUCCUCAUGGCGCUCCGCGGCGGCGGCAACAACUUUGGCAUCGUGACAAAGUUCGUCCUCAGGGCCUACCCGAUCGGCCGGGUCUGGGGCGGCAACAUGGUGUUUGGCGCGUCCAAGACGGAUCUGAUCCUGGAAGCCAUCCGCGACUUUACCGAGAACUACGACAACCACCCCAAGGCCGGCAUCAUCGCGACGGCCGAGAUAACGGCCCUCAACGCCGCCAGGAUCUGGACGGUCUUCUUCUUCUACGACGGCGAGGCUCCGCCCGCCGGCGUCUUUGACAAGUUCACGGCCGCCAAGCCCACCAUCAACAACUGCAAGUCCCGCUCGUAUGCUGACCUUCUCUCUUUCAACAACUGGGUCGUGCUGCACGGGUCGCGCUACGUCAUUGCCACCGAGACGACCCCCAUGCCGUCGGCAGCCGACGGCCACCGUGUGCUGCGCUCUUACUACGACCACUGGUUCAAGACGUCGGAGCCGCGGGCCAUCACGCCCGGGAGCGUCGCGUCCGUGGCGUUCCAGCCCAUCCCCAAGAGAAUGGCGCGUAUCGCGCGCGACAAGGGCGGCGACCUGAUCGACCUCGACGACUCGACGGACCAGCUCAUCUUUGAGUUCAACUACUCGUACUGGUUCAGCUUGAGCGACAAGGCCGUCGCCGAGACGACGAACAAGCUGGUCGACGGCAUGAAGACGCUAAUUGACGGCUACGUCGCCGACGGCACCCUGCCCGAUGCCCACCGCCCGCUCUUCAUGAACGACGUAUACUACAACCAGGACUACUGGGGUCGCCUGCGGCCCGAGAAGAGGCAGCUCGCCGCCGACGUCCGCGCCCAGGUCGACCCGCAAAACAUCUUUGCCGAGCGCACGGGCGGCAUGAAGCUGUGA